UCAAUGUACGGCACUCCCAUCAGGGCCAGCAGCUUCUUGCACUCGUCAUUAUGCUGCUUGGUGACUUUGACCAGGCGCUUUGUGAGUUUGUCAAUGUUCUCCUGUUCCCCUAAGAAGACAGGAUAAAUACACUGUUACUCCUAAAGAGAAAUACUGUUAAGUUGAAUUCAUAUCAUUUUCUUUACCCAUUUCCUGGGCUUGUGCGAGCAUCUUCUCAGCUUCUGCUCUUCUCUCCCCUCUCUUCUCCAGCUGAAGCCCAAAGGAGGAGUAGAGUUAGACAAUAAUAGCCUUAUAGCAAUAACAUUUCAAUGUUUCUCCUGCUUGAAGCGCCCACGCACGAACCUCUCCCGACUUAAGCUGUGGGGGUUUGCCAUCAAACACGUAAACAGGCUUAAUGCCGUGCUCCAGCAUGCGGAUCGUGCGGUAGAACAUUCCCAUAAGGUGGCUGGGAAUCGGAAGAGAAAAUCAAGUGAGAAAAGGAUUGUUGUGAUUGGUUUGGUUUGUUUUGUGAGCAGCUGUACCUGGUCGUCUCGCCAUCCUCGUUCUGUAGUACGUUUCCAUCUUGUCGCACAGCAAUCAGGAACUGGUAGAUACACAUGGAGGCAUCUAUAGCGAUUUUCCUGCCUGGAAAACGUGAUAACGCUUAUUAUAUGACCUUGUUGUUACACCAUAGACAUUGAAGCUUAAAUCAUUUACCAAAAUAGUUCUUGAUAUCUUGCUCUUUUAUGGCAGCAGGAGCCUGGUCCGCAAUCAGUUUGGCGAGUCCGUGAAUUCCCAUUUUGGAAAGCUCUAAAACACAACACAGUGUGAUGCUAGCUUGUAUGGUGCUACUGAAAAACUAUGUGAUUAUUUCCAUAUUUAUCCAAUAUUCCCAGCAGUUGUGUUACUUAUAAUGUAUAAUGUAGAGGUUUAAAUGUGGAAUAAAGUUGCACUGAAAUGUCCCGUUUUGUUAAGUAAUACCCCAGACUUGUGCUAGCGAGCCGACAAACACGUACUCGGUUAGCAAAGUUAUCGGUUAGCAUUACAACAAAAACAUCGCGACAUGUCAUCGAGCGUCAUUCAUGUCAGCGACACUAACAUUAAUGGACAGCAUUUUAAUAAUAAUAAUCCAAAUGAUAAAUUUCCACGGAGUCCACUUAUUGUUUACAAAACACUUACAAUCGGUGUCCGCUUAAAGUUGUGCGCCGCAGCCAGGAUGUGCGUCUGUUUCGCGGGAAAUUAAACGAAAGGCAUUACUAAUCUGUCCAUCGAACGCGCCCCGAGAAAACAGAAGGAAGCGGUUCAGAUCGAUGCAUCACGGUGCGAUUAAACUGGUCUUGUGUUCUAAGCAAGAAUGCUGAUUGGUUCCUUACAGUUACACGGAAAUCCGGUCAACACAACAAAUACUUCAACCAUUGACGCUUCGUUAUCGUUUUCAAAUGUGUCAUUUUGGUAACAUUUAACUUAUAUAUACUCAUUUAUUUGUCAUAUUGUUAAAAAGGUUGCGUUUAUCUUGUAUAAACGAGAAGAGAACAUUAGAGGCGUGUUUUUUUCUCCGCCCACUCCGGAAAACUGAAGAGAUCUUUGGUAUUUUUUUUAUUUUUAUGGUGACGUGUAGUCAGUCGUCCCUCAAGUCUUGAAUAUCGUACAUUUGUCAAAUGAUAGAACGAAAUGGACCGUAAGACUGUUUAACGAUUGACUUUUGCGAAUAAUUCGUCGAGAAUUGUUCUAAAGCUUUACGAAGUGUCCGAGCAAAGAGGAGACGGCCGGGGCCUGGAGGAAUCUGACGGAGAAACAGGUUUGCUGGACCAGCAGCUCACACCGGCAGCAGGCGUUUUACACCGUGGGUCAGAGGUCAAGAGGUCACCCACCGGGACGAUGAUGAGACUCUUCUGCGUCUUGAUCCUGGGUUUUUUCUCAGGCGGGACAUUGGGCUACAAGCAAGGGGACAACGUGACCCUCUAUGUCAACAAAGUGGGUCCUUAUCACAACCCCCAGGAGACAUAUCACUACUAUACGUUGCCUGUUUGCAGGCCAGACAAGGUGCAUCACAAGUCCUUGAGUCUUGGAGAGGUACUGGAUGGCGACAGAAUGGCCGAAUCAUUGUAUCACAUUCGCUUCAGAGAGAAUGUUGAGAAGAAAAUCCUUUGCCAGCUCACGCUGUCAGAGAAGCAGAUGGACCAGCUUCGUGAGGCCAUUGAGGAGCUUUACUACUUUGAAUUUGUCCUGGAUAACAUUCCAUUCUGGGGCUUUGUAGGGUACAUUGAGGAGAGCGGCUUCCUGCCUCACAGCCACAAAGUUGGCUUAUGGACCCACCUUGACUUCAACAUCGACUACAACGGCGAUGCCAUCACUUUCGCCAGCGUCUCUGUGAAGGACAUCAAACCCGUGCCUUUGGAGGAGGAGGCCGGGGCGAGCGGCCUGACAGUCACCCACACAUACAGCGUGCGCUGGUUCGAAUCUCUCCCGCUCAACGCCGAGCACGUCAGAGACUACUCGUUCUUCCCCAAAACACUGGAGAUCCACUGGUUGUCCAUCAUUAACUCUCUGGUGCUGGUGGUGCUGCUGCUGGGCUUCGUCAUCAUCAUCCUCAUGCGGGUCCUCAGGAGCGACUUCGCCAGGUAUAAUGCAAAGGAAGAGGCAGGCUGUGAUGACCUUGACCAAGGAGACAAUGGCUGGAAAACCAUACACACUGACGUCUUCAGGUUUCCUCCUUACAAAAGUCUACUCUGUGCCAUCCUUGGAGUUGGGGCUCAGUUCCUCACCCUCGCCACAGGAAUCAUCGUCAUGGCGCUCCUGGGGAUGUUCAAAGUGCACCACCACGGCGCCAUCAACUCGGCGGCCAUCGUCUUGUACGCUCUGACCAGCUGCGUGUCGGGCUACGUGUCGUGUGGCUUUUACACGCAAAUAAACGGGAAGCGUUGGGUGUGGAACAUCGUCCUAACGUCGUCUCUAUUCUCAGCUCCUCUGUUCCUCACCUGGAGUGUGGUCAACUCCGUCCACUGGUGGAGCCACUCCACUCAGGCUCUACCGGCCACCACUGUGCUCCUCCUGCUGGGGGCUUGGGUGCUGGUGGGCUUCCCGCUCACCGUCAUCGGUGGCAUUGUGGGUAAGAACCGAGCGGGCAGCUUCCAGGCUCCCUGCCGCACCCGCAAUAUCCCUCGUCAGAUACCCACACAACCGUGGUAUAAACACACCGCCGUGCACAUGGCCAUCGGCGGCUUCCUGCCAUUCAGCGCCAUCUCAGUGGAGCUGUACUACAUCUUCGCCACCGUCUGGGGCAGAGAGCAAUACACGCUCUACGGGAUUCUACUCUGCGUCUUCGCCAUCCUCCUCUCAGUGGGCGCCUGCAUUUCCGUGGCGCUCACCUACUUCCUGCUGUCUGGCGAGGACUACCGAUGGUGGUGGCGUAGCGUGCUGAGCACAGGCUCCACCGGCCUCUUCAUCUUCGUCUACUCCAUCUUCUACUACACAAACAGGUCAGCCAUGAGCGGCCCGGUGCAGAGUACCGAAUUCUUCGGCUACUCUUUGCUCACGGCGCUGGUCUUCUCGCUGAUGCUGGGUAGCGUCUCCUUCUGGGCCUCGCUGGCUUUUAUUCGCUACAUCUACCGCAGCCUCAAGAUGGACUAGGAGUGCUUUGUGGAGAUGAUCGCAUCUCACCUUGCACAUUUGUUACUGGAAUAAUAAGAACACGGGGGCCUCGACCGGGAUGCUAAAGGGGCUAGCGCUGGAAGAUGUCAUUGCAUAACAACAUAAGGGAUGAGCCCAAUCAGGAGUGAAGCUGCUAUUUGGUUCAUGUCAGCAUCACUUUAGUUUUGAUGGGAUUUCACAGCAUCAGGGGAGCAAUAUUGACAUUGUGGCCACCUUUGACUGUGAUGUAAAUAAUCUUUUAAAUAAAAUACCGUUUAGUAAUA